UGGUAUUUGUUUUGGUCGGACGAGGAACUGUGAAACCUGCCGAAGAAAGCCGUAAACAUCCGUUUUAACGCUUCACUUUACUGUUCAGAGAAGCACAUUUUUAAACCCCAGUUUAUUUCCUAAGCUGUGACGCAAACGAGGGUCCUGUUAAAGAUAUGAAAAGAUAAAAUGAUACAAUUUGGUCACUCAGGGUCAAUGUUCUGUUUUUGAACGGAUACAGCCAUCCAAACACAGGGACGUCUGACCCAUCUGCCCAACAUGUCGCAUGUAAAUGAAAUCUGCUGUGACUGACGCAGAUAAGUCGGACGCCGACCCUCCACACCCCCCUCCCUCCCUCCCUGCGUGCCGGAGACGCGGACGGGCCGAAGCCGCCACAAUGAGCUCGGACCACCAGGGCGACGGCGAGGACGCCGACGAGUCGCAGGAUAGGCCCGACGGCGCCGGCAAGGAAGAAGAAGAGCCUGCCGCGGAGGAGCUGGACGGGGACGAUGACGUCGCCCGGAAAGUCUGCGCUUCGCCGGGCAGCAGGAGCGAGGGCCAGCCCGAGCGAGGCGCCGCCGCCUCCCCCCGCCCGGAGGAGCCGGAGCGCCGCAGCCCACCGGCCGCCGCUCCGCCGGAAGGGAGCGGCGGGAGCGACGGCUCCCGGGGCAGCGGUCUGUUUUCCUGGCUGCGGGGCAGGACUAUCCGGCGGGGGCUGUUCGUGGACCCGGCCAGGGACAACUUCAGGACAAUGACCAGCUUGUACUGCUCCAUGAGUCCGGCCGCGGAGUCGGUCAGCCUGAGCUCCCAGACCCACGGGGCCGUGUUCAACCUGGAGUACUCGCCGGACGGGUCUGUGUUGACGGUGGCCUGCGAGCAGACCGAGGUCCUCCUGUUCGACCCCAUUUCUUCCAGGCACAUCAAAACCCUCACAGAGGCCCACGAGGACUGUGUCAACAACAUAAGGUUUUUGGACAAUCGCCUGUUUGCCACCUGCUCCGACGACACCACAAUUGCAUUAUGGGACCUUCGUAAGCUGAACUCCAAGGUUUGCUCGCUGCACGGCCACGCCAGCUGGGUGAAGAACAUCGAGUACGACACCAACACUCGCCUCCUGGUCACGUCUGGCUUCGACGGCAACGUCAUCACAUGGGACACUAACAGGUUUACUGAGGACGGCUGCCCACACAAGAAGUUCUUCCACACUCGCUACCUGAUGAGGAUGCGCCUGACCCCCGACUGUUCCAAGAUGCUCAUCUCUACUUCCUCAGGGUACCUCCUCAUCCUUCACGACCUGGACCUCACCCAGUCCCUGGAAGUGGGCAGCUACCGCAUGCUGCGAGCCCGACGGACCCCCCUCACUUCUGAAGGAGGCACAUCGGCAUCCAGAUCGACUGUGACGCCCCGGCAGGGACACGACUCCAAGAUCCAUCCCCACAGAGAAGGUCUCUCCCCGAGGAACAGCCUGGAGGUCUUAACCCCCGAGAUCCCCGGCGAGAAGGACCGAGGGAACUGCAUCACAUCCCUGCAGCUUCACCCCAAAGGCUGGGCCACGCUCAUCCGCUGCUCCAGCAACAUGGACGACCAGGAGUGGACGUGCGUGUACGAGUUCCAGGAGGGCGCGCCCACGCGGCCGCUGGUGUCCCCCCGCUGCUCCCUGCGCCUCACGCACUACAUCGAGGAGGCCAACGUGGGGCGGGGCUACAUCAAGGAGCUGUGCUUCAGCCCCGACGGACGGCUCAUCUGCUCGCCCUACGGCUACGGCGUCCGCCUGCUCGCCUUCGACGAGCGCUGCAGCGAGCUGGCCGACUGCCUGCCCGUGCAGACGAGCUGCCUGCGGGAGAUCCGCUCCAUUUACUCGCACAGCGACGUGGUGCUCACCACCAAGUUCUCCCCGACGCACUGCCAGCUGGCCUCGGGCUGCCUCAGCGGGCGCGUGGCGCUGUAUCAGCCCAAGUUUUAGCGUCCGGCGUUGUUAGAAAGCCGCGCCCUGCAGACCUGGGUAGAGAAGCGCCGCUCUCGACCCGUGCAAAGAAAGCACGGGGAUGAGGAAGCCUUUUUGCAGACGGCGACACCGAGAGGUACCCCGGUUUCUCCAAGACGUUUGCGGCACCCCUUUAUAUCAUUGCAGUUUACUGAUUUUAGGACUCGGUGCAGCUAUUUGGUGACAAAUCGAUGUUCUCUUUGUAUCAAAAGCAUCAAACAAGCGUGCUUACAAAGACACAGUUCAAGUACCAGAGGACCUUUGGACCAGCGCUUUUUGCAGAUAGGCGCACAACAUCUCCAAUAUUCCGGACAGCUGAAGCCAACUAGAGAUGCGGCGCUCCGAAUUUUAUUGCUGAUUUCUGAGCUCUGCUUUUUUGUGAGGCUUCUCGUUUCUCUUUAAAAGCAUUAUAUGAAAUAAGAAAAUACGGUAACAGUUUUCAGCAUAUUUUUCUUUCUCCCAUCAGCGAGCACCAGCCGUUUUUACUAGGCGCAGAAAUUACGCUAUGCCACGUGUGUGAAAGAACAGAUGCUGUAAAAAAACACACACAAAAAAAAGUACGGUGAUGCUAAGAUUUAAAAAAUAA